AUGCCCGAGUACCUCGUGUUUUUCGUGCACCAGCACUUCGACUUCCGCUACCCGGAGCUGGAGGCGCUGCUGACCAUGCAAAAGCUGCCCAGCGUCGCCGAGACGGUGCUGAAGGACCCGGAGACUGGAGAGCUGCCGAACCCCGAGAGCUCGCCGCUGGUGCGCCUCCAGCUGCCGUCCGUGGAGCACGCCAAGUUCCUCUCGGAGCGCGGCAUCCUCGUCAAGGGCGUGUACGAGGUGUGGGGCCACACGGCCAAUGGAGACGGCUACGACGAGCUCGUGGCGGCUGUGGACAAUUUCCAGGGACCGCAGAAGCAGAAUAUUCUGCAGGACACUAAGCGCUCGUGGCGUAUCAACGCGGCCGUGUUCGGCAAGAAGCUCAGCAUGGACGAGCAGCGCAAUAGGCGCGAACGUUUCCGUGAUGUUCUGCCCUUUGCUGGCCCCGUGCAGAUGAAGAACCCGGACGAGACGUUUUUGAUUCUGGAGGAGCUCGGACUGGAUCAGGAUCUGCACCCGGGCAUGAAGCCCAAGCAGAUUUUCUUCCUGCGCGAACUUGCUGGCAGCGAGAAGAACCGCGGGCGUGGUGGAGCGAGAGACCUUGUGGACCAGCAGACGCUGAAGCGCAGAGCUUACAUUGGUCCUACGUCGAUGGAAUCCGAGAUGGCACUGCUAAUGAGUAACAUGGCGCUGGUGCAGCCCGGUGACCUCGUCAUUGACCCGUUUGUGGGGACUGGCAGCGUCUUGAUUCCGUGCGGAACCCACGGUGCCAUGUGCUACGGCACGGAUAUCGAUAUCCGCGUGUUGCUGGGAACUGGUGUUGGUGUCGAGGGUGCUGGUGUCGUCCCCACAGAUGAGAAGAGUGAUGGCAAGGAGCGUGUCAAUGUGGUCACCAAUUUCAAGCAAUACGGCCUGCCGCUUCCGGAGCUCGUGCGUGCGGACAACUCCAUGUCGCCUCUCGUCAAGCAGUGCAACGGCUUCUUCGACGCGGUGGUCUGCGAUCCGCCGUACGGAAUUCGUGCCGGUGCUCGCAAGAGCGGACGCAAACGCCAGAUCAAGAGCGAUGUGAGCGCUGCAGUCAAGCAGCCAAAUUACAUUGCGCCCACGCAGCCAUACGCGGCCGAAGACGUGAUGAAGGACUUGCUGGAGUUCUCAGCUCAGACACUGCGCGAAGGAGGACGGUUGGUGUACUUGCUGCCUACCACGUACGAGUACACGGACGCCGACCUGCCCCGCCACCCAAGCUUGCAGGUGAUCGCGAACUCGGAGCAGAAGCUGACCAAAAAGUACGCGCGACGCCUCAUUACAAUGGUCAAGCGUACGCCGACUGCUGACGAGAUGGCUGCGGCUGAGAGUGCAGCGACGGCAGCCACGAGCAACCCUAGUGAUGUGAGUUUCGCGAACCUGCGAGAGAAGAUCCGGAAGCGCAAGUCUGACGCCGUCGACGAACUCGUGGAGCACUAA